AAGAGUCAGUCGUUUACUUAUCAGCCGGCUGAAACGUCCAUCCAGUGACACGUACGUGUUACCACACAAAUAUCUCACAUCAAUUCAAUUGCGAGUAAUAAAAAUGCCGUUCGUUAUCAAGUGUGUGGCCAACGGGAUGGUUCUCGACGUCAAGAACAAUGAAAGGAUAAAUGGCGCUCAGGUGGUAUUGUGGCCCUACAAUGGGGGAAACAACCAGCUGUGGGAAUACAAGAACAACAUGAUCUACAGUAAACUUAGCGGGCUUGUUCUAGACAUCGCAAGUAGCAGCCAUGGUGGCCCCGUCAUCACAUUCAGCUCCAAUGGGGGUAGCAAUCAGAAGUGGUUCUUUGAUGACGACUUUACCAUCAGGAGCGGUACGGGAAUGGUUCUGGAUGUCGAAGGCGCCAAUAUAUACCAAGGAGCGCGGUUGAUUGGGUUCCGAAAACAUGGCGGACAAAAUCAGAAGUUUCGAAUUGAACCUUACAACAGAAUGUGGUAGAAAGGGAUCACAAAUCUGUGCAGUCAGUAUGGACGAGAAAUCAUAAAUCAGAAAGUUUAUAGGAUAUGACAUCAGAAGAAAUAAGUGAGAAAGCAAAAUUACAAAACGUUAAUCCUGAACCACAUCCUGAAGAACUUGACGGCAAUAUACGUUACACCACUCCAGAAAAUCACAAGCUUACCUCAGCGUUACAGCAAUAAAAGCGUUUGUCUACUUUUCUUAAUCCGUUUCUAACAAUAGCGCAUCGCACAAAUUCAUAAUAUUGAACACUUCACUCCCGAAAGAAAGACUGAAAUGUAUUUUUGUGACACAGGAAAUGUAUGAAAUGCAUUUUGGAAACACACACAGGAACUACUUACAGAAUGCGGUUAUACAUGUUCGAGGACAUUGAUGUAAUUUUAAGGAAACAGAAUUAAUUAAAAGUGAUUGAAUAUAACAACUCUUGAUAAUCUGCAA